CCGACUUCUCAAAGUAGACUAGUGCGGUUUGAUCCGUCGCUGCCUCCUCCUCUCCCUUUCCCUCCGCUUCCAUCCUUUCCCGCGCCUCAUCUCUCUCCCCAUCAUCUCUCCACCUCCUGGUUUUUCCUUUAUCCUCGGGACAACCUCUCGAUCAAUUCCGAUCGCCACACCUGCUUCACAUCGCAACACUCUCAACCUGGGACUCAUUUCGUAGCCAUCGACUACGCGUUCUUGUCGCGACUUGUCAGCUUGUGGUCGCAAAUCGCCAGCUUUGCUUAUCUGUCUCAACUACACAAGCUCAUCAGAAUGUCUGCCAACCUGGACAAGUCUCUCGACGAUCUCGUCGGCAACCGUCGCCAGAACGCUCGUCGCCGUGGCGCUGGUCGCCGCGCCCCCGCAAAGCCUUCCGUUGGUGGUGUUAAGAAGUCUGCGAAGACCAGCAAGGCUGCGGCCAAGGUGGUUCACCCCACCCCCGUUGCCCCGACUGCUUCCAGCAAGAUCAUCGUGAGCGGACUGCCUUCCGAUGUGUCUGAGGCCAAUAUCAAGGAAUACUUUGCCAAGUCUGCAGGUCCCGUCAAGAAGGUGAUGCUCACCUACAACCAGAACGGUACUAGCCGUGGCAUUGCUUCGAUCAUCUUCAGCAAGGCCGACACCGCCCUGAAGGCUGCCAAGGAGCUCAAUGGACUCCACGUUGACGGCCGUCCCAUGAAGAUCGAAGUUGUCUUCGACGCCUCCCACGCCCCUCCCGUUCCCGCCCCCAAGCCUCUGGCGGAUCGUGUUGUUCCGAAGUCUCAGCCUAAGCCUGCGACUGCUCCCAAGCCGGCUGCAAACAAGGCUAAGGCUCGUGGCGGCCGUGGUGCUGCUCGUGGCGGACGUGGCCGCAACCCGGGACGUGGUAAGCCCAAGACUGUUGAGGAGCUCGAUGCUGAGAUGGUCGACUACUUCAGCAACGAGAAUGCUCCUGCCCAGGGCAAUGCCCCCGUCAACGUUGCUCCUCAGGCCACCAACGGCGAGGACACCGGCAUGGCUGAGAUCUCCUAAAUGCAUCAUUCCACAUACCACGAUUUCUAUUCCCUAUCGCUGCUGCCCCCUUGAACAUGAUAUGGAUUGCAGGGUUUUAUUCGGAGGAACUUGAUAGUUGAUGCGCGGGUCUUAUCUUCUGCUGUCCUCCCCUUCUUGUUUCGUUAUUCUUAUGAAGUGUUUUUUCCCCUGGGGCUUUUCCUUUCUCGAUUACCAGACCUAAUUCCUUUUUUGCGCGCUACUCCACAUGAUUAUUCGCAAGAGGACAGCAUGUAUCUACAAUGCAACAUCAGUCACCGAAUGGACUAUGCCGCCGACCUCUCGUAGCGAUUCGUAGGCGUUUGUUUGGGAAAG